AUGGCGAGUGAAACCAAGGCGUCGGAGGCCGGCGCCGGCUACACGCUUCACUACUUUACCUUUUCGCUGUAUUCACUUAUGGUGCGGUUCGCGCUCCAAUUAGGGAGAAAGCUGAACACUGAGACUGCACCGCACGUGCGGCUGGAAUUCGUCAACCUCCAGGCACAGGAGAACCUUGGCGAGGAAUAUUUGACCACGGUCAACUCAAAAGGACAGGUGCCGUGUCUGACCUCGGCCUUGCUUCCUUCGGGAUUGAGUGACAGUCGGGAUAUCGCAAAGUGGCUAUGCGAGAAGCAGCCCGAGCUGGUUCCUGCAGCCCACAAGGAAGCCAUUGACGAGUUGAUGGACAAGCUGUAUAGCUUUCAUUUCAAGGCGCUCAACAUACCACCGGAAGCGGCGGCGAAUGGUAUACCCAACGUUGCGGCUGCCAUGCUGGAGAGUUCUAGCAUUUCAGAGAAGCACCGGCGGGCGCUGGAGAUUAAGUCUAUCUUCCACGACACGCUGCAUAGCAGGACGAUAGAGCUGGAGCACAUUGCACAAGUCGAGAGGCACGUGUCUGAACUCAUGGCGGAACUGGCUGGUAUCAUCGAGGAGCAUGGAGCUGAUGGCUCACGGUGGAUCUUCGGGCAGCAGCCGACGAUCCUUGAUGCGUAUGCGUCGGCGCUCAUGAUCCGGCUGCUGGACAACGAGCGAUUGGAGCUUCUACCGCCUACAGUUCAGGCGUACGCAAAGGCGGUACAGGCAUCGGAAGAGUGGCGUCAAGUAACGCACGGUCGACCGACGGUGUACCAAGCAUCGAUGGGCGCCGUGGCUGAUCUAGAUCCCAAGUGA